AUGGGGAAAGAAAAAGGUCCAAAAGGGAAGAAGAUCACCAUGAAAAUUGCAAAAAAUUCCAUCCGGAUCGUUUUUGAUGGAGCACGUCGUCUUGACUUAAGCAAGAUGGGUAUCGCUACCUUCCCCAAGUGCAUUCUGAAACUGGCUGAUGUGGAUGAGCUUGAUUUGAGUAGAAACAUGCUAAAAAAAAUUCCAAACACCAUUGAGAAGUUUGAGAAUCUGCGCUGGCUGGACCUACAUAGUAAUCAGCUUGAGGAGUUGCCCAAGGCAAUUGGUACACUGCAGAAACUUUUAUAUCUGAAUAUAAGCAACAACAAGCUGACCACCAGAAAUCUGCCAGAAGAUCUGAAACUUCUUAAGAACCUGCACAUUCUCAACCUUGGCUUGAAUUUUCUUGAGAGUAUUCCCACCAGUCUUGGGACCCUGAUGGAACUUAGAGAGAUAGGUCUCUUUGACAAUGCCUUGACCACCAUCCCAAGCAGUGUAAAAAACCUCCCCAAGCUCAAGAAACUGAACGCAGAAAGAAACCCUUUCCCAGAUUCAACAACCCAAGAAGAGCCUGUCGACUCCAUCAAACGUGUAGAAACACUUUACUUAGUACAAGAGGAAGACCUGUGCUCUUCCUGCUUGAGGAUGUGUAAGGGUAAGAGGGACAAACAGAACAUGUUAACGAAUACAACACCCAGACCUUCAAAGAAGCCAAGUUUCUCUUUACUCCUUACACCCAAUUCCUCUGCAAAGAAUAACCAAGAAGAAUGGAGAUUAAAAGGCGAACAUCCUUGA